AUCGAUGUCGUUAACUAUCGAUUGUUUUUACAUGUCUCUUUUUUUCCAAUUGCGGGUGAAGCAGAAAAAAGCGAAAAUUCAAGAGAAAAAUGUAAAUUGUGCUUUAUUUUGGGAUUUGAGUGAUUUUCAAGUGUGCAGAUAGUUUGCAGAAAUAGUCAGGGAAGAUUUUGGUGCAAAAAUGUCGCUUUUUCGGAAGCCAAAAAAGCCCAUACAGCGACGUGUUUUUGGGAGCUACGACGACGACGAAGAUGCGGAAAACAAUGAGGGCAUUCAGGGCAAGGAUAAUGCCGAAAAGGGCACAAUUAGCAGCGAUCAGGGCUUCCGGAAGCAUAAAAAAGACAAGAAGGAGAGAGAAUCGGCAAAACCCACACUUUUGAGCUUUGACGAUGAAGAGGAGGGCGAGGAGGUGUUCCAGGUGAAAAAGUCUUCUCACAGCAAGAAGGUCAUGAAGAAGUUGGAUAAGCAGCGUCGUAAGAAGAAUCGCGCAGACAGCGACAGCACGUCCGGACAAUCCGGAACAUUAGACCGUCCAUCGAGGGAAGCUCCAGCGGCGUCAUCCCACGGAACUCCUUCCGAGUUUAAUAACAAACAAAAAAAUAAAAAGGAAUUAAAAGAUAAUUCCAAUAGUGUCCAAACCGAAAUACGCACAGACGACUUUGUGCUGGUCAUCAAAAAGUCUGAACCCGAUGGAAUGGUACUCAAUGGAAGGGCAGCUCUGUGUGCUGGACGUGACGAUAUGUCCUCCGAGGACGAAGAGAGCUCUGAGCGAGAAAAGAAAGAGCCUCAACCGGGUAAUCAUAAAUUCACACCUCUGGAUAGCUUUAAGAAAGUUCUCGAGAGUGGGAAGAUUCCUGAUGCUGCCAUGAUUCAUGCAGCUAGGAAGAGACGACAAAAGGCCAGAGAAUUGGGUGAAUUUAUUCCCAUUGAGGAGAAACCGGAUGAGGCUAAGCCUCGUCGAUGCGAUGAGAAUGCCGACGAUGAUGGCUCCGAGGAGGAGGAACGAAUUGAUAUGUCUGCCAUAACGGGUGUUAAAGAGCGCGAGGAACGCCGUGAGAAAUUCUAUUCGGUUCAGCAAGAGAUGUCCGAUGAUUCGGAUUUGGAGAUGAAUGAAUGGGAGAAUCAGCAAAUCCGGAAGGGUGUUACCGGUACGCAGCUUGCUCUGGCACAGAAUGAAUCAAUCUUCUCGCAGUACAUGAUUCAGCCAACAAGUGUGGUGGCUCCGGAGCAAAAUAUGUCCACGGGGGCGCUCCUGGAGCAAGCGUACGCCCGGAAUUGCCUUGAGAAGCCAAAGCAAAUGCUUGCGAGUAGUACAAAGAGCGAAAGCAAAUCAAGUGGACCAAGAAUGCCACAAGAAAUCCUGCAGAAGGUACGAGAUAGAUUGACGCAGGUGAAGGAUCUCAAUGCGAAGCACGUGAGGGAUAUUGAGGAAAUGACCAAGGAGAUUAAAAUGAUGAAGAUCGAGGCGAUUGAUUGUGAACAGAAAGCACCCGUUGCCGCUGCCAAAUAUCGAUUCUAUCAAGAAUUACGUGGGUAUGUCUCAGACUUGGUUGAAUGCUUAGACGAAAAGGUACCUCUAAUUGUGGAACUGGAGAAGAAGGCAAUUGGGCUCAUGGCGAAACAUGCAAACCACCUAAUUGAGCGACGUCGACAGGAUAUUCGUGACCAAGCAAAGGAAAUAUCCGAUUCAGCGAAACCUGGAAGUAGCAGGAAGGGAGACGAUGAGGAGCACGUCCGACGAGCUGCAGAGCGAGAAGGACGUCGUACGCGUCGUCGUCGUGAUCGGGAACGCAACAGCAUGAAUGAGAGUCAUUUGGAUGGGAUGUCGAGCGACGAUGAGAUAUCUGAUCAUGAUCUAGCUCAGUACAGGGCGCAAUUGGAACAGAUUUCCAGCGAAGCGGAGGAACUCUUCUUGGAUGUAGCUGAUGACUUUUGUCAAAUCCCCGAGAUUCUCAUGAAAUUCCACGCAUGGAAGCAGACUGAUUCGGCGGCAUACAGAGAUGCAUACGUUAGUCUCUGCUUGCCCAAAAUCAUCGGACAACUCAUCAGGUUGCAAAUGGUCACGUGGAAUCCACUCAGAGAUCACUGUCCGGACAUUGAGAAGAGCCCGUGGUACUCUGUGUGCAUGAUGUACGGCUUCACGGAGACAGAGACGGAAGAAUCUCUGUCGAUAGAUCCCGAUGUGACCCUUGUGCCAGUUCUCGUGGAGAAAAUAAUCCUGCCCAAGCUGACGGAACAAAUUGAAAAUUGUUGGGAUCCAAUGUCAACGUCGCAAACACUGCGACUUGUGGGAUUAAUUAAUCGUCUCUAUCAUGAGUAUCCAUCUCUUCGGCCAUGUUCGAAGUCAUUAACAACACUCUUCAAUGGAAUACUCGAUAAAAUAAAAGCAUCUCUGGACAACGAUGUUUUCAUCCCAAUUUUUCCCAAACAAUCACAAGAUGCGAGAACGUCUUUCUUCCAGCGUCAAUUCUGCAGUGGAUUGAAGCUAUUCCGUAACAUCUUGAGCUUGCAGGGUAUCUUAUCGGAUGCCUCACUGCGGGAUGUUGCCAUUUCGUCACUCCUCAAUCGUUACUUAUUGUCCGCGAUGCGUGUUUGCUCACCAACAGACGCAAUUGCGAAGGCGCACGUGAUUGUGUAUACGUUGCCGAGGGUAUGGCUGCAGUCGCAGAGCAGUGAUUUCAAUCCCAGCAUGGAUAUGUUUGUACAAUUUCUCAAGUUCGUGGCCAAUCAGUUGGAUAAGCGGAAUCCCAUUCAUUUGGAUUCAAUGGAGAAAAUCAUAAAAAUUCUCAAUAGUCUACAUGCAACACUUUAAUAAAAAAAAAUUACUGGGAAUGCAAUUUAACAAACAAAAAAAGUGAAAUAAAGAAUUAAUAUACAAAUUUUAACAUAAAAGUUAGUUAACUCAAACAUUUCCCAAAAUUCUGUAAAAAAAAAAAGAUUUAAUAAGAAGAAAAAAACAUUAAACAAAACUUUUUGAUUAACUAUUCAUUUGAUGAUCA